ACGCACCGCGAGCGGACCGAGUUCCCGACCGGGGGACCGGGGCUCUGAGGGGCCGGGGGACGAGGGGAGGGGGGCGCUGUGUCCCUCCUCCCUCCGACAGAAGGUGAUGCCGAUCGGGACAGCGCGCAUCGGAGCGACGAACAGCUGGAUACAGUCAGAAGGAGACGUUAUUCGAGUGCUAAUCGAACUUUAUUCGGGUUUUAUGUGACAGUUCUCUGACUUUUCUCUCGAUGCCACGCUGCUCAGGAGGAUUUUGCUGAAGGAGCAGACUGAGGACCAUCAGGCAGGUCGUCAUCCUCCUCCUCCUCCUCAUCCUCAUGUGAGAGGCGAGGAACUGGACCGACGCGCUGGGCGCUCGACGCGGACACACAGCGGACAUGGAGGAGUGCAAGAUAUCGGUGUGGGUGUGUCGCGAGGAGAAGCUCGUGUCCGGGCUCACCAGGAGGACGACGUGCGCAGAUGUGGUCAAAGUCCUCAUGGAGGACCAGAACCUGCAGAAGCAGCGGGGGCACCAGGACUCGCAGACCCCGCAGGAGCCCCAGGUGGCGUCGACCCCCGCGCUCUCCGGGGCCCCCAGCUCCUACUGCAUCGUGGAGAAGUGGAGAGGCUUCGAGAGGAUCCUUCCCGACAAGACAAAGAUCCUGCGCCUGUGGAGCGCGUGGGGCGAUGAGCAGGAGAACGUGCGCUUCGUGUUGGUGCGGCACGAGGCGUCGCUGUGCAGCGCGGGGCCCCGCAGCGCCGAGGCGCGUGUGGUGCCCAGCAGGGAGGGUCCGAGCGUGCGGCACGGGGGCCCGCCGAGGGCUGCGGCCGCCCUCUGCCAGGAGAAACAGCGCCGCAUCGUGAGGAAGGCCUUCAGGAAGCUGGACAGGAUGAACAGGAGGAGGGAGGAGGCCCCCAGCAGGGACCCCACGGCAGCAGAGAGGAUGGAGACCCUGGUGCACCUGGUCCUCUCGCAGGACCACACCAUCCGGCAGCAGAUCCAGAGGAUCAAGGAGCUGGACAGGGAGAUCGACAGGUAUGAGGCCAAGGUCCACUUCGACCGCAUGAGAAGACACGGGAUCAACUACGUGCAGGACACGUACCUGGACACGGGUUCCGAGGCGUCUCGGGCCAAGGGGGCCGAGGAGCCGUGUCCCGCGGAGCUGCUGGCCCAGUUUGAGGAGUACGCCCUCAGGUGCGAGGAGGUGGUCCGGCUGCAGGAGGAGCUGGCCGAGCACCAGGCUCUCGUGGAGACCAUCACGUUGGAGAUCCAGGAGGAGCUGAACAGAAGGUGGAUGAAGCGUCGGCAAGAGGAGCUGUCCGGCAAAGAAUCGGGGAACGGAGCCGCGAAGGACACCGAUGCCUCCCCCGUGGAGGAGAAAGAGACCUUCCCAUCCGGAGCCGAGACGUCCUCCCAGGCCGAGUUCUUCCUCGAGGAGGAAAGGAUCCGAACGCAGCUGGACGCCAGCCUGUACAUCGGACUCCGCCUCAACUCGGACCUGGAGGCCGUCAAGAGCGACUUGGACUUGAGUCAGGAGCUGUGGUCCGCAAAGGAGAAGGAGCUCAGGGACCUGCUGGAGAAGGUGGACUCUCUGGACGCGGAAGGUGCCGGAGCACCGGAGGACGGCGGAGAAAACCUCAGCCUGGUUCCUUCCUCCAAGGGGAAGAGCGGCUGGGCGGAGGAGACCCGGGGCGCCAACGACGAGGACUCCGACACGGGUCUGAGCUCCAUGCACAGCCAGGACUCGGACAGCGCGGCCGUGUGCGAGUCGCUGGUGUGACGCCUGGUCUUGCCAACGGAGGACGGCGGUGCCGCAAGAGUCCGACCACAGCAGCCUGAAUGUGAUGCCGAGCGCAUAGUUACCCCUGAAUAGCCACCUGUAGAACGACUAACUAGUUAACCAGUUACUAACCGAACCCAAAGCUCGUUUCCAUCCAUGCCCACAGGUUUCAGCUCUUGACGACCUCUUAUGGACACGUCAACGUGCUCACGCUCUCUAAAUGCGGCACGUGCGACCAGUUACGAUUAUUUACGGCUGGUCGAGGCGAGGAACGGCGGACGACCGCAGCGCCUUUGCAGGGCACGGCGCCAUCGCCGUCUUCGCGAGGGAAAAGGUUUCUGUGGAAUUAUGGGAGAUUGUCAUGUAAAACUCGUAACAGAUGGGUAUGUAGACGCCGCAUGAUUUGCUCAUCCCUUUGUGCACGAGCUGCUGUUACUG